CGAGUGACGCGAACGUGGUUUCCGGUUUGAGAGUAAACUUAGAAACUUGGCGCUUUAUUAAGCGGAUUUGAAGUGGACAGAAUUGCAGUAAGCAAAUGGCAGAAGAUCAGGAAGAACAGUUUUCGCGUUCGCAGAGGUUAAAAGCUGCCGUCCACUAUAUUGUUGGAAGUCUUUGCCAAGAGGUUGCAGAUGACAAAGAAGUUCAUUUCAGCAAACAAGCCAUUGCGGCUAUUUCAGAAAUCACAUUCAGACAAUGUGAAUCAUUUGCAAAAGACCUUGAAGUUUUUGCCCGACAUGCAAAAAGAACUACAAUAAAUAUGGAUGAUGUGAAACUUCUAGCAAGAAGAAGCCGCUCUUUGUAUGCCCAUAUCAGUAAAUGCAGUGACGAAAUAGCAGCUAACAGCUUGGAACAGAAAGAGAAGAAAAAGAAGAAAUCUGGAAGUGGAGGAAAUGUGUCAAGAAAUUCUGACAUGGAUACAGUUUUCCCUGAGAGCAAGGACUAGAAAUUCUUUUAAACAAUAGUUUUUGCUGGUCCAUAAAUAUAUUUAUUUGUUAUCUAUGUUUAUCUAUUAUAGUGUGCCCAUUUUUUAUGUAAAUGGUCUGACAAAGGAGUACUUUGAAGCUCUCCUGAGCCAGAAUUCAUUUUACUGGUAGCCUCUGACAUAGCACUUCAGGGUAGAUCAGGCUGAUUACCUUAUACAGGUGCUCUGAGAUCAUAACCCCUUUUAGCUAACCCCGAGAUGACUCUACUUAUCCCUGUCCACAACUUGGUAAUUCAGUCUACUGUGCCUGAAAAAUCCCUCAGCAUAUCGCUGGGAUGUCUCUAAAGCAUCCAUGUGGGGUUCCCUGUCUUAAAUUGUUGCUCUGGCCUGGAAAUCUACCAGAGCCUAAGUUCCUUCUUGGCCUAGGCCCCCAACCCAUCCACAGCAGAGGUCUGUAUGAUGAGGGCAAAAUUAUCCCUAUGCCCUUUUUCAUGCCUCCAGAAUGUGCCUCAUUUUAGCAGAAGCCCUCUAGUUCUACAGAAACCUGUCUUUUUUUAGGGCCUUUAUUUUGUCUCCAUUCCUACUCACACUUCUGGAGCAAGAGUUCUUCUUAACAAUAGCAAAGGAGGAAAUUAAAAUUGCCAUAUCAGCUUUACACUUUUACGAGAUCAUCUUGCCCAGAUGGUCUUUGUGCGAACAAGUGCAAAUCUCGCCAAGAAGCUCUCAGCCUGACUAUUGGAGACCCUUCAACAUACCUUUGAUACCAAAUCACUUACUCUAUCCUUCUACUUGGUUGUUUAAAAGGCCUUGGUGAUGCUAAAGGAAAGACUCUAUAAAAAAAAAAAAAAAAACACACACUCACACACUCACUCUCUCACUCACUCACUCACACACACACACACACACACACACUCUCUCUCUCUCUCUCUCUCUCUCUCUCUCUCUCACACCACACACUCUCCCAUGCUCAACAAGGAUCCAGAGCUAUAGCCUCCUUAGACUUGGCAAAAGUGCUCAAAUCAGUCAAGUGGGAAUCCCUUUGGAGUCCAGUUCAUCAACUGGCUGUAAUUUUUAAAAUUAGGGAUGAACACAAUCCUCUAUCUUCAGAUGUUGCCGAACCCGAGUCCUGCGUGAAAGAUUUGGCCAAAUACCGAACCAAAUUCUAAUUUGCAUAUGCAAAUUAGGAGAUGGAGGGGCUAAAGAGAAAAAAAAUUUCAACUUCUGUGUUUAUGUGACAAAAAGUCACAUGAUUUUAAGGAUUCGGUUCAGCCAGAAGUGUGGAUUUGGCCUGAAAUCCUGCUGAAAAAGGCCAAAUCCCAAACCAAAUCCUGGAUUUGGUGAAUCCCUAUACAAAACCCCUGUGGCAUAUGUCAGGGCUAAUAGGUUUACAGCCCCCACCUUUCUAAUAGCCAGAAAAAUCAGGCAAGGUUGCCACCUCUCCCCCACCCUAUUAGCCUAUGUAAUUGAGUCCAUUGCCAUUCACUUCCAUGACAUGCAACAAAUCAAGGGACUCCCUUACUCAAUGGCAGUAGAAAUGAUAUCACUUUUAAUAGACAACCUCUUAAUAUGCCUUGCAGACCCCCCUCUCUGGUGACUAAAUAAACUGACUAAUGCAUUAUCAGCUCCAUAGACAAAACACAGCUCACUUGGGCCCCACCAGAUGUUACCCUUAAAUGGCCUGACUUCUUUAAAUAACUGGGAUUGAUUGUUCAUCCUGAUCUGGACCAAUACAUACCUCACUUUGGGAGUCCACUUGCCUCUUAAAUUAUUAUUUGUACUUACAUGCGCUCUGGUCUACAUUGUUAAAGCACUAUUUUGGAAGAUCAACAAAAUUCCUUGGUAAGUAAGGCCCAGCUGACUUAGUAGUAUAAGGCUCGUUAUUUCU